AGAAGUUGUUCAAUCAUUGAUUAACUCAAGUAAUGAUCAACCUUUCCUUGUUGUAUCCAUAGUGGGUAUGGGAGGCAUAGGCAAAACUACUGUGGCCAAACUAGUGUGUAACAAUGAGCAAAUAAAGAGUCAUUUUUCCAAAAUAAUGUGGAUUUGCGUUUCUGAAAAUUUUAAUUUGAAGCAAAUUUUAGUAGAAAUGUUACAAGCUUUUGAUGAAAAAGAUUGUGUGUAUGUAAGCCAAAAUAUUGUAGUUCAGAAACUACAGGAAAAAUUGAGGGAGAAAAAUUAUCUUCUCAUAUUAGAUGAUGUAUGGAAUGAAGAUCGACAAAAAUGGGAAUCCUUCAGGAGCUGUUUGUCAGGAAUAGGUAAAAAAGUUGGGAGUAGGGUUCUUAUCACAACUCGAACUAAAAAAGUAGCUUCCACAAUGGAAACACUUUCUGAGCACAUGCAUCAUCUUGAGAAACUAACAAAUGAGGAUUGCUGGUCUAUAAUCAAGCAGAGAGCAUUUGGCAACUCAUCAUUCCCUUCAGAAUUGGAGGGGAUUGGCAGGGAUAUUGCUAGUAAGUGUGGAGGUUUAGCAUUAGUUGCAAAUAUUAUUGGGGGGAGUUUGUGGAAUAAUAGGAAGAAGGAUGACUGGUUGUCAAUUAAAGAUAAUAAUGUAUGGCGUUCAAUGGAAGAAGAUGGGGGAGUUCUACGAGUGUUGCAGUUGAGUCUCAAUCGCUUGCCAAUACCUGCUUUGAAACUAUGUUUUGCUUUAUGUUCUAUUUUCCCUAAAGAUUUUGUCAUGGGAAAGGAGAUGUUAAUUCAACUCUGGAUGGCUGAAGGAUUUCUUCAGCCAUUUAGUGAAACACACUUGGAGAUGGAGGAUGUCGGUGAUAAGUAUUUCAAUGCAUUGUCAUCAUAUUCUUUAUUUCAAGAUGUUGAAAGAGAUCCUUAUGGGAGCAUUACUUGCAAAAUGCAUGAUUUAAUUCACGAUCUUGCACAAUCUGUUUCAAAGUCCCAAACUUUGAUUUUGGAAGAUGGUAGUGGAAGAAAUAUUCCUGCAAACAUUCAACAUUUGAAUGUCAUUUCUAAUAAGGGUACGGCAACAACAGAAUUCGGGGAUGUCCCUAAAAAAUUGCACACUUUGUUUUCACAAAUUGAUGUCUUGCACAGUAUGUCAACGAACUUGAAGAAGGUGCGGGUUCUCAGUUUCUGUGGAGCUGAUAUUGAUGAGUUGCCAGCUUUUUUGGGGGAAAUGAAGCACUUAAGGUUCUUGGAUGUUUCAGAUACUAAAAUCAAAGAACUUCCCAAGUUCAUCACCAAGCUCUAUCAUUUGCAGACAUUUAGAUUUAUGGAUUGCUACAGAAUUGAAAGGCCUUUGGAAGGAAUAUGUGAUUUACUCAAUUUGAGACACAUUUGUUUCAAUAAUGAAAAGCUUAUGCCAGCAGGGAUUGGUAGACUACCUUGUCUGAAAACAUUACAAUUAUUUGUUGUGGGCCAACAGGAGGGACAUCAAAUUAAAGAACUGAGGCUUUUAAACCAACUCAGGGGAAAAUUAGAGAUUCGUAAUUUGGAUAUGGUUAGAGACAAAGAAGAAGCCAUGGGAGCAAGACUUUCUGAAAAGGAUGCAAUUCAGGAGUUGGAAUUGGUGUUUGGUGAAAAGUAUACAAUUCAGAAGUUGCAAUUGAUGGGUUAUGCAGAAUCUAGUGGCAGUGAAGAUAGAUGCAAACAUGAUGAAGAUAUCUUGGAAGGCCUCCAACCUCAUUCAAAUUUAAAAGGCCUAACUAUUGAACACUAUUGUGGGAAAGGCUGUCCUUCAUGGAUGUUAGAAACAAAAAAUUUUCUCAAAAAUAUGAUGUUCAUGACCUUUGAUAAAUGUCCUUGGUUGGAAAGCAUAGGAGAGGAUUUAUCUACUGCCACGUGUCUCAAAAAGUUGACUAUAUGGCAGUGCGAUGGUUUGAUGUCCUUUCCGAACCUCCAUGGGCUGUCCUCUCUUCAAAACAUUGAAAUAGGCUACUGUGGGCAAUUGAAAAGCAUAGGAGAGGAUUUAUCUACUGCCACGUGUCUCAAAGAGUUGAUUGUAAAGGAGUGCAAUGGUUUGAUGUCCUUACCGAACCUCCAUGGGCUGUCCUCUCUUCAAAAAAUUAAAAUAGACGGGUGUGGGCAAUUGAAAAGCAUAGGAGAGGAUUUAUCUACUGCCACGUGUCUCAAAGAGUUGACUGUAAAGGGGUGCCCUAGUUUGAUGUCCUUUCCGAACCUCCAUGGGCUGUCCUCUCUUCAAAAAAUUGAAAUACACAGGUGUGGGCAAUUGAAAAGCAUAGGAGAGGAUUUAUCUACUGCCACGUGUCUCAAAGAGUUGACUGUAUGGGAGUGCAAUGGUUUGAUGUCCUUUCCGAACCUCCAUGGGCUUUCAUCUCUACAGACUUUAUGGAUAAGCGAUUGUGGUAGAUUAAGAAGUUUGCCAAGUGGGUUGCCAUCAUGCACUGCUCUUCGGACUUUAGGGAUAAGCCGGUGUGGUGGAUUAAGAAGUUUGCCAAGUGGGUUGCUGCCAUCAUGCACUGCUCUUCGGACUUUAAGGAUAAGCUGGUGUGGUGGAUUAAGAAGUUUGCCAAGUGGGUUGCCAUCAUGCACUGCUCUUGAGGAAUUGGAUAUCUCCAACUGUCAUAAUCUAAUCUCUAUUCCAGAUGAUUUGAGGAGGAGCUGGAGCGUCCCUAACCCUGCCUGCCUUGCUCGCCUGAAGAAGCUGACUAUUGGUGGUUUCUCAACAGAGCUCAAGGAAUUUCCAGAUCUGGGCUUCAUCGGAUCUCAUCUUGAAGAUUUGACUUUGAUUGGAUGGGGAGAACCAGGAGAACGUAUGCUGGAUCAAAUUCAACACCUAACUGCCCUUGAGUCUCUCGAAAUAGAGGAUUUUGAUGUACUGGAAGCUUUGCCAAAUUGGUUUGGAAACUUAUCCUCUCUUCGAAAUCUGGAGAUUUCCAACUGCAAAUCUCUGAAACAUAUGAAAGCCAUCCAACGCUUCUCCAAAUAUGGAAGGCUUUGUAUCGAUGAAUGCCCUGAGUUAAAGAAAAGAUGCAAGAGAGGAAGUGGUCCCGAGUGGGACUGCAUCUCUCACAUUCAAAUCAUCGAAAUAGGCCACAAAGAGAGCCAAUGGGCAGAAUCUUCCAUUGAGGAUGAUGAUAGUGAGCAGCAGGUUGAUGAUAAUGAGCAGCAAGAUGAUGAUAGUGAGUUGCAGGUUGAUGAUAGUGAGCCGCAAGAUGAUGAUAGUGAGUUGCAAGUUGAUGAUAGUGAGCAGCAAGUUGAUGGGCAGGCUGAUGAUAAUGAGCAGCAAGAUGACGAUAGUGAGCAAUUACCAGUGCGGGCUACAGGGUUGAGACGUCCAUUUGUUGCAGAAACUAAUAAAAUAGAAAGUAACAAAAGAUUCAAAAAUUAAAGGCUGGCAUCAUGGCUUGGUAGCCCAACCCAGACCACAGACUUCAAUGCUGAUUGUGAGGAUGAAAACAAGACUCAGAGCUAGGCAUAAAAGAGGAUACAAUUGUAAAAAAUGAAGUUGCUCAGACAAGUAUUGUGAAUGCAUGCAAGCCUGUCAAAUGUCAAUUUUGUCAUUCUGUAUAAGAUUUACUUAUCUGAUGUGUAGAUAACAUAUGUUGUGUAUAAAGGCUGAAUCAUUUUCCAGGCCUCCGGUUCUUCAAAUUAACCUGCAAGCAAAUCAAUCUCUAAAACUUUAUGUGAUGUUGGUGACACCUUGCUGAAAAGCCAAGGAGCCAAGCACAACAAUCAUCUCAAAAACCGUGGAGACCUUUUAGAUUUUUGUAAGAUCCAUACAUCAAUUCAGGUAAGUU